AUGCUCCUGGGCCUGGAGCCACUAAAAUGGGCCGAUGAGGCAGGUGCAAAGGGCGCCUGGCUGUCUUGCGACAGCGCUACCUACGCAACCACGCCCACAGUUACGCAGGUGGCAGGACUGGCACAGGCCAAUGUCCUGCGUUUACACGCCAACAAAGGGACUGUCGGCUGUCUUUCUCUGAGAAAAAAUCAGGCCUUGUCUGUCCAUUGGGGAACUAUUUUUGUCUCUGUUGAUGCAUGCAACGUCGACAAACGCCUGCCACGUCGGCGCCACCAGAGCUACCAAUGCCCCCUCUAG